CUCUGCUCGACUCAUCCCGGAUUGGCGGGCGGCGGGACCACGGCGGCAGAAGGACUCUGCUCCAGCGGCGACGUCGGUGGACCUUCCCGGAUGGCAACGGCCGGCGGACCAUCGAGGAAGCCCUUCAGCGGGCCGUGGCUGGUAGCAGGCGGUGGCCUGCGGAAUACCGCCCGGUUCUGCUGGAGGGCUGAGGAGGAGGUGGGCACCUUCCCCGACCGGCUGGCCUUCAUCCGGGAGGUGGCCUUUGGAGCGUUGGGCCUUCAGAUGCAGGACAUCCUCUGCGUACAGCGGAAUGGGCCCUUCCGCUUCUUCGAGGUCACCUUGUCCACCGACGAGAGUUACACCAAGGUCCUGGAGCGGAGCAAGGAGGGGGCCCAGCACCCCCUCCUCGGACGUUACAACAUCGAGCCGCUGUGGUGGCCCGACAAGCAGUGCCACAGUUUUGGACACACCCUGGAGGGAUGCGCCAACCUGCGCUGCCGCAACUGCCUGGAGUCGGGGCACAUGGCCAGGGACUGCAAGGGCCCCCGUCGCUGCAUACACUGUAACGGCGAGGACCAUCUGGCUCGUUCCUGCCCACAGAAAAAGACUACAUAUGCCGACGCUCUGUCGGGUAACAGAGCAGUCGGCACGGAGAAUGGUGGGGGAGCUCUAGCCCCCACGACUGGGCAGGAACAGCCGGCGACGGGGGCAGAAGGAGAAGCCCUGGUCGAGGUGGAGGAGGCCCCUUCGAGUGCGACACCUAUGCAGGAGGGGUCUCCGAACAAGGUGGAGCAGCUCGCCCUGGCUCCAGGCGUCAGCAGCAGGCGAAAGAAGAGCGGUGCAUCCCCCCGGGGGAGGAAGAAGAGCAGAAGGGAGGCGCAACCCGACGCACCCAGCCCUCCGGCGGCCACCUCGCCAGCAGUGGCGGCCGGGGACCAAGGCCGACAGUGUCCCCCCUCCCCGAUGUUAGAGGCCCCCCGUCUGGUGUGGGACUUGGGACAGUCCCCUGCACCCCCCCAGGAGUACAGCGGUCAACAGGACACUGCUAAUGAACAGGAGUACCUGGGGGGGCUGGAAUUGGGGGACCUUUUGAGGUUGACUGAGGAGGGGGGGCAGUAGGACAGUAUUGUUUUUAAUG